ACAGCGUAACUACAUUUAGCGUAACACCGUCACUUGGUUAGAAACUUGUGUUCGUCUUGUCUGAUCUCUUUUCCUUUCAAAAUGACAGAAGAAAUUUAUAAAACCUAUCUGAUUGCAUAUAACUGCAAUAUGAUCAUGGGAUGGUCAUCAAUACUUUUUAUGAUGAUUGGACACAUAGCUGGAAUUUCAUCCACCAAGGGACUGUACAUCUCUUUGGGCCCAAUGGUAAAGAUCUUUCAAACAGGAGCUGUCCUUGAGGUUUUGCAUGUGGCAAUUGGAAUUGUAAAAUCAAACUUAAGGAUGACGUUCUUCCAGGUCUUCUCUCGUCUCUUUGUUGUGUGGGGCAUAAUGCAACACGUCCCAGAGGCCCAAGAAAAUGUUGGUGUUGUGAUGUUCCUGGUUGCCUGGGUUAUUACAGAGAUCAUCCGUUACACCUAUUACUUCUGUAUGCUGUUAAGUAUGGUGCCCUACUAUCUGAUGUGGGCAAGAUAUUCCUUAUUCGUUGGACUCUAUCCUUUAGGGGUCACUGGUGAACUAUUGUGCAUGUUCCGAAGUCUUCCCUACAUCAGUGCCAGAAACACUCUGUCGCUCUCCUUGCCAAACCGACUGAAUGUCUCCUUCAGUUUUUACUAUUUUCUCAUAGCCGUCAUGUUGAGUUACAUUCCAAUUUUCCCUCAACUCUUCAGCCGCAUGUUGUCUCAGAGAAAGAGAGUUCUUGCCAUGAUGGCCAGGAAACGAGCAGAAAUGGCCAACAAGAAGGAAUAAAGAAAAAAAAACAUAGUUCUACAGCAGCAUUGAUAAAAUGGCAUUUGAUGCAAUAUUUUGUCGAAAUCUAAACUGAUCAGAGAACUGAGUUCUCGUCACACUGGAGGUUGAUGUCAUGUGACAAAUGCACAAGCGUCACCUUUUCCAUUAUCAUAACAUAAUAAGCACACAAACAAAUGCGCACAGUUCAUCUUUCACAUAACAUCUACACACACAAGCAACUCGUAUUCACACACACACAAGCAACUCGUAUUCACACACACACAAGCAACUCGUAUUCACACACACACAAGCAACUCAUAUUCACACACACACAAGCAACUCGUAUUCACACACACACACUUCAAUAUCAUCAAACACUGACAAGUGUGUUCAGCAAAACACAGUCUAUACAUGCACACUCAGAUUCUAUACUGCAUUCACCUUCCACAUUCACAAAUUCAAACACACACAUACACAUCAACUAGUGUCUUCCUCCUCUGCUUUCAACACAACAGUUUGCUGUGUUGAAAGACCAACAGCAAAAUCUCUCUGGUGACCUUGUAAGUGUGGAUUCACUGUGUGUGAAUAAGUAUAAUCACCCAUUGAUGGAUAGAUCGUUUGGUUAGUCGAGUAAUUGUUUUGACACACUUCAACGAGGUAAUUAUUAAAUAACGAAAACAAGAGAGUGCAGUGUGUGGUGUUAAACUUGGAUGUUAAUCUGGUGAUGUAGGUUCAAACUUGACCUAGUUUUCCUGAAUUAUUGUUUGAUUUUCUCGUUAAUUUAUUUAAUAAUUAAAGUGUUUGGUCUAUUUCUCAAUCAAUAAACAAUUGAUUUAUAAUAA